CAUGCGGAACUGAUUCAGGAAGUAGGCUUGAAAGCGAUACAGGAAUACGAUCUCUGUAUUUUAGAAACAAAUUAAUAAAAUAUAACUUGUACACUGCCUGUAUAAAGCUGUAAUACGAUACAAGAUGUCUAGGCAGUCCAAUAGAACCACGGACAACAAGAAGAUGAAUUCGGAAUUGUUUACCCUCACAUAUGGAGCCUUGGUCACACAGCUGUGUAAAGAUUAUGAGAAUGAUGAGGAAGUGAACAAGCAGCUCGAUAAAAUGGGUUAUAAUAUUGGAGUACGUCUCAUCGAGGACUUCUUGGCUCGCUCCAGUGUCGGCAGGUGUCACGAUUUCCGGGAAACCGCCGAUGUCAUUGCAAAGGUAGCCUUUAAGAUGUAUUUGGGAAUCACUCCUAGUGUGACGAACUGGAGCCCUGCUGGAGAUGAGUUCUCCCUCAUCCUUGAGAGCAAUCCGCUGGUGGACUUUGUGGAGCUUCCAGACAACCAUAGCACUCUAAUUUACUCCAACUUACUGUGUGGUGUGCUCAGAGGCGCUCUGGAGAUGGUGCAAAUGGCAGUGGAUGUGCGUUUUGCUCAAGACACUCUAAGGGGAGAUAAUGUGACAGAAAUCCGCAUGAAGUUCAUCAAGAGGAUUGAGGAAAAUCUGCCUGCAGGUGAUGAAUAAAGUGGCUGAGAUGACAUGGAUGGAUAAUAUGAAAAGCACUGGCUUAUUGAAUCUGAAAGACUUUGAUAUUAAGUUUGGUUCCAGCCAAACACCUACAGUUUAGCCAAACUUUGAUUGGCAUUUAAGAAUAAUGCUUUAUUAUUAUUAUUAUUAUUAUUAUUAUUAUUAUUAUUUGGCUUUAUGGACCAUCACAGUUUAAAAGAGGUAUUUGAUUUGUGAUUUAACUUACAAAAAUCUUUUAGAGACCUCUAAUAGACACUAUUAUUUGGCCCUUUUCCAAAUUUUAUUUGGAAAGAUGGUUAAGUUUUGAACUGAUAGUACUUUUCACCUUUGUCCCCAACUUAACGUUUAGUAUAAAAGCAAAAAAAAAUCCUUUUUUUUUCCAGAAAUAAUCUUACUUUACUCGCAGUUUGUAUUUGCCGAUUGGAAGAUGCACAAGGAAAGAUGUGCAUUUUAGUAGGCACAGAUGUACAGUGCAUUCCCUUCCUAGUGAUAUCUUUAUCUCCCUCUUGGCCCCAUUGAAAAGGUUUUCAGACUCUAGAAAUUUGCAUCUAAUAGUUUGGCAUAAAAGUAUUUUAAAAAGAAACAAAGCAACAGACAUUAAAUCAAAUUAAGGGCAAUACAUGUUUCUGCUACUUUCUUUUUUUCACAUUUUUUGAACAUUUCCAUUUUGUUAUGGAAACUGUGUGUGUCAUUUUUUUUUUAAUUAAUGUAUGUAUAGAGACCAUGAGAAUGAAUAAAUUUCAACUUCAAUGUGAA